GCAAUCAGGUAACACCCAAGGUCAAGGUCGCGGCCGCGGCAGGGGUGGGCCUCGUGGACGAGGCGACUCGCGCGGCGGAAGCAGCGCAGGCGGCCCUCAGCGUGACCGAGGAGGCCCCCGUGAUUCCAGUGGAGGAUACUCUUCUCCUGGGCCUCGCGGGGACAGAUUCGGUCACGGAGGGCCCGGUACAGGUCGUGGACAAGGACAAGGACGCGGCGCUGGUCAAGGCGGUGCCCGAGGCGGCGGCGAAGGUGUCUUUUUACCUAACACACCCGCGACCGUCGACGCCCGCAUCGCGGACAACUCAGACAUCAAUCUCGUCAACCAGCUCAACGCACUCUCGCUAGAUGCACCUGCCAGGCAGCCGACCGAGGUUGACCAGGAGCACGGGCUCCUCCCCAUGCCGCUGCGGCCUGACUACGGAACUGCGGGCGCCCCUAUCCAGCUUCGGGCGAAUUUCUUCGGCAUGAACGUGCCGGAGGGCCCGUGGUACGAGUACGAUGUGGAGUUUUCUCCCGCUUCGGCUGGGAAGCGCAACAGGGACUUCAAGAAGCGCAUCUUCGAGCUCGCCGAGCGCACGGAUGCGUGGACGCAGGCGGGUAUGGCUGGUAAGGUCGCGCACGACUGGAGCGAGAAGCUCGUCGCCGUUGUGCAGCUGCUCGAUGCCAUCGAUAUCCCUGUCAGCUACCCUGAGCGGGACCACGACGGGAACGAGUAUACUUGCAGCUUGGUUUUGUCCGUCAAGUUUGCGCGAGAGAUCGGUCUCGGUGUCAUCGAAAAAUACGUCAGCGGAGACCCAGAUUAUCGCAACCACGACAUCGCCCCGAUUAUCUCGGCGCUCAACCUCGUCAGCUCGGCUCACGCUCGCGCCAACGGUGUCCUCGUCGGCCAGAACAAGUAUUUCUUUCGCGAUGCAGAACCUCCUACUGCACUCGGUGGCGCGCUCGAGGCGUGCAGAGGGUUCUUCUCUUCGGUACGCCCGAUCCACGGCGAGAUGGCGAUCAACGUCCACGUCAAGACGAAGGCGUUCUACCAGCCAAUGAGGCUGGACAGGGCUAUGGACGAGUAUGCCAGGCAUGAUCGUGGCGCGAAGCUCGCCGACUUUAUCCACAAUGUCAAGAUCGUUACAGCCCACACGAAGAAAGUUUACACAGUGACGGGGCUAGCGGGUAAGAACGCGAAGCAACACAGUUUCCCUUGCAGGGAGCUGGGUCGGAUGGUCACCGUUGAGCAGUAUUUCAAAGAGCGUUGGAAGAUUACAUUGCAGCGUCCCGAACUGUUUCUCAUCGACGUCACACCUCCCCGCGGCGAAAACAAGAAGGGCAAGAGCAAGGGCAAGAGCAAAGGAAAAGGCAAGGACAAGGACGACGACGGACCCCUCGGCCCAAUCUACUUCCCCGCCGAGAUUUGCGAGAUCCUCGCCGACCAGCCCUUCCACAACGACCUCUCCACGACACAGACGAGAGCGAUGAUCAACACUGCAUGCCGCCCGCCCGCCCACAACGCCUCCGACGAGCUCCAUAAAGGUCUCCCGCUGCUCGGCUUCAACAACCCGCGCGCGACGGUGCUCGGCGCGUUCGGCAUCGACGUCGACGACAAGAUGGCCGUCGUGCCGGGGCGCAUUCUGCCCCCGCCCGGCCUCGCGUACUCGGGGCGCAAGGCGCCCGAGAUCAGCGCGGGUGCGUGGAACCUGAGGAACGUGAAGUUCGCGGUGGGCGCGACGCUCGCGCGGUGGGCGGUACUCUGCAUCGUGGAUGGCACGCGCGGGAUGGGCAAGGACGAGGCAAGGGGUAAGGUCGCUGAGCUCAAGAGGAUGUGCGGCGUCAGCGGGAUGCAGGUCACGAGUGACCCUGAGGUUAAGGAUCUUGUGCUGCCGCGCCAGAAGGGCGCUGAUGUGGCGAACGUGGUGCGCGAUGCGCUUGUGGACGCGCAGCGGGGUGGGGCGCAGCUCGUGCUGGUUGUGUUGCCGGGUGAGGAGGUUGCGCUGUACGAUGCGAUCAAGUUUGCGGGCGAUGUUGAGGUUGGCGUGAGCACGGUGUGUGUGCAGGCGACGCAGCUGCGCAAGGACAAGGGGAGCGCGAUGUAUUGGGCAAACGUCGCGCUGAAGAUCAAUAUGAAGAUGGGCGGGGUGAAUCAUAAGCUAGACGAGCGGAGCGGGAGGUGGCUGUUUGAGAGGCCGACGAUGCUUAUGGGGAUGGAUGUGACGCAUUCGACGGGGACGGGGAGCUUCAAGUGGGCGCCAUCAAUUGCGUCGGUUGUGGCGAGUAUCGACAACAACUUUGCUCAGUAUCCGGGGAGCUUGGCACUCCAGAAGGCACGUCAGGAGAUGAUCGCCGAUGUUGGAGACAUGGUCAUCCAGCGCAUCGACCUGUACAAGAAGCACAACAAGAAUUCUCUUCCCGAGCGUAUCGUCAUCUUCCGUGACGGCGUUUCCGAGGGCCAAUACAAGGUUGUGCGCGAGGACGAGCUCCCGGAGAUCAAGAAGGCGUUCCGCAAGUACGACAAGCCCAAUAAGCCGUACGAACCGAAGCUGUCGAUCAUCAUCUGCGGCAAGCGUCAUAAUGCCCGCACCUACCCUACCGAGCAGAGGUGGGCUGAACCGGACGGGAACCCCAAGCCUGGCACUGUCGUCGACCGAGGGAUCACCGCCGUCUACGACUUCGACUUCUAUCUUCAAGCUCACAAGGGCCUCAAAGGCACUGCACGCCCGACGCACUACUUCAUGCUGCACGACGAGAACGGGUUCACCGCAGACCCGAUCCAGGGCCUCGCGCACGCGCUGAGCUACACGUUCAUGCGCGCGACCAAGGCGGUGAGCCUCGUCCCGCCGGCGUACUAUGCCGACAUCGCGUGCGAGCGCGGGCGGUGCUAUAUCCGCAAGAUUUUGGUGCCUGGUGCGGGCCAGGGGCAGGAGGGGUGGAGAAGCAGUGAGGACGGGGUUAUGCAGGAGGCGAGGAGGAUGUGGAGGGGAGGAGUGGCGAAGGAUGGAGUGAGGGAUACGAUGUUUUAUUUGUGAGUGGGGUCGUGGACUUCUGUUUGGGUGGUGGUGGGCUUGUGGUGGGCUCUGGAAGUGGCGAGGAGUGGGCGACAGUUUGAUGUUUUGGGAUUCUUUACGCGCAUUGCUCCCUAUGUUUAUGCUCCCGUUAUAAUGUAACUGUAUGUAUCACAGUUUUGAGGACUUCCUGCUGUCAGCCCAUGUAUCAUGCAUCGUGGGGACAAUCAAGUCGCGUGGCGGUUUGCCGCCAACACC